CGGUGCCGCCCGGUGCCGCCCGGCCCUGCCCGGCCAUGGCCCCCUGGCGCCGGACUGACAAGGAGCGGCACGGCGUGGCCAUAUACAACUUCAUUGGCAAUGGAGCCCCCCAGCUUUCCCUUCAGAUUGGCGAUGUGGUCCAUAUACAAGAAGCUUGUGAAGAUUGGUACCGAGGAUACCUGAUAAAACACAAGAUGUUAGAGGGGAUAUUUCCUAAAUCCUUUAUUCACAUCAAAGAAGUUACAAUUGAAAAAAAAAGAAACACCGAGACCGUGAUUCCUGCUGAGAUCCCACUGGCCCAAGAAGUCACAAUGACACUUUGGGAAUGGGGCAGUAUUUGGAAGCAGCUCUACUUGGGAAGCAAAAAGGAAAGGUUUCACCAGGUGCGGUCCAUGAUGUACGACUUAAUGGAGUGGAGGUCCCAGCUCCUGUCGGGAACCCUGCCGAAAGAUGAACUCAAAGAGCUCAAGCAGAAAGUCACUUCGAAAAUUGACUACGGCAACAAGAUUCUUGAACUAGAUCUGAUUGUUAGAGAUGAAGAUGGAAAUAUCUUGGAUCCAGAUAAAACCAGUGUCAUCAGCCUGUUUCACGCUCAUGAAGAAGCGACUGAUAAAAUCAACGAGCGCAUCAAGGAAGAAAUGUCAAAGGAUCAGCCAGAUUAUGGGAUGUAUUCCCGGAUUUCCUCAUCCCCCACGCACAGCCUCUAUGUCUUUGUGAGAAAUUUCGUGUGCCGAAUUGGGGAAGACGCAGAGCUCUUUAUGUCUCUCUAUGACCCAAACAAACAAACAGUCAUAAGUGAAAAUUACCUGGUUCGAUGGGGCAGUAAAGGCUUUCCAAAGGAAAUUGAAAUGCUGAACAACCUGAAGGUAGUCUUCACGGAUCUUGGAAACAAAGACCUCAACCGGGACAAAAUUUAUUUGAUUUGUCAAACAGUGAGGGUUGGAAGGAUGGAUCUUAAAGAAACUAAUUCAAAAAAAUACACCCAGGGACUGAGACGACCAUUUGGGGUGGCAGUUAUGGAUAUAACAGACAUCAUCAAAGGAAAAGCCGAAAGUGAUGAAGAGAAACAGCAUUUCAUUCCCUUCCACCCGGUAGCUGCUGAGAAUGACUUCCUACACAGCCUUCUGGGCAAAGUCAUAGCCUCCAAAGGAGACAGCGGUGGCCAAGGCCUUUGGGUGACGAUGAAAAUGCUCGUGGGAGACAUUGUACAGAUAAGGAAGGACUAUCCCCAUCUUGUGGACAGGACUACAGUUGUAGCCCGGAAGCUUGGAUUCCCUGAGAUCAUCAUGCCAGGGGAUGUCAGGAAUGAUAUUUACAUCACACUGCUUCAAGGUGACUUUGAUAAGUAUAACAAAACGACGCAGAGGAAUGUGGAGGUCAUCAUGUGCGUCUGUGAUGAGAACGGGAAAGUGCUGCCAAAUGCAAUUUGUGUGGGAGCAGGAGACAAGCCCAUGAGCGAAUAUAGAUCUGUUCUGUACUAUCAGGUGAAGCAGCCUCGCUGGAUGGAAACAGUCAAGGUGGCCGUCCCUAUCGAGGAGAUGCAGAGAAUCCAUCUGCGCUUUAUGUUCCGACAUCGCUCGUCCCUCGAGUAUAAAGAUAAAGGGGAAAAGAACUUCGCGAUGGCCUAUGUCAAAUUAAUGAAGGAGGAUGGGACCACGUUACAGGAUGGGAGUCAUGAUCUGGUAGUCCUGAAGGGGGACAGCAAGAAGAUGGAGGAUGCCAGCGCAUACCUGACUCUACCUUCCUCUCGACACCAAGUGGAGAACAAGAGUUCGACCCUAAGCCGGAGCUCCAGCAGCAUAGGGGGACUCUCGGCUAGCUCCAGAGACAUCUUCUCGAUUUCCACUCUCGUGUGCUCUACCAAGUUAACUCAGAAUGUGGGCCUGCUGGGGCUGCUGAAAUGGCGCAUGAAACCUGAAUUACUGCGGGAGAAUCUGGAGAAACUGAAGAUUGUGGAUGGGGAGGAAGUGGUAAAAUUUCUUCAAGAUACUUUGGAUGCUUUGUUUAACAUCAUGAUGGAACAUUCCCAAAGCAAUGAAUAUGAUAUCCUUGUUUUUGAUGCUCUGAUCUAUAUUAUAGGACUCAUCGCAGACAGGAAAUUCCAACAUUUCAACACUGUUCUUGAGGCUUAUAUCCAGCAGCACUUCAGUGCCACUUUGGCAUACAAGAAAUUGAUGACAGUUCUGAAGACUUACCUGGACACGUCCAGCAGAGGGGAGCAGUGCGAGCCGAUCCUCAGAACUCUGAAAGCACUGGAGUAUGUGUUCAAGUUCAUUGUUCGGUCGAGGACAUUAUUUUCACAGCUCUACGAAGGCAAGGAGCAAAUGGAGUUUGAAGAAUCCAUGAGACGGCUCUUUGAAUCCAUCAACAACCUUAUGAAAAGUCAAUACAAAACUUCCAUUCUGUUACAGGUGGCAGCUUUGAAGUACAUACCAUCCGUCCUCCAUGACGUGGAAACUGUCUUUGAUGCCAAGUUACUAAGCCAGCUCCUGUAUGAAUUUUAUACUUGUAUCCCACCAAUUAAACUCCAGAAGCAAAAGGUGCAGUCGAUGAAGGAGAUUGUCCGGAGCAACCUCUUUAAAAAGCAAGAGUGCCGGGAUAUUCUGCUACCAGUCAUAACAAAAGAACUGAAGGAAGUACUGGAACAGAGUGAUGAGCAGCAGCAGCACCAGAUCCAAGAGAAGAAAUACUGUGUUGAAUUACUCAACAGCAUCCUGGAGGUGCUUAGCUGUCAGGAUCCAACUUCAACUUACCACCACAUCCAAGAAAUCAUGGUACAGCUCCUCCGCACAGUGAACAGAAUGGUCAUUACAAUGGGGCGAGACCACAGCCUAAUUAGUCACUUUGUGGCAUGUAUGACAGCCAUCUUAAACCAAAUGGAUGACCACCAUUACACAUCAUACAUAGAGACGUUCCAUACAAGCUCAGAACUUGUGGACUUCUUGAUGGAAACGUUUAUCAUGUUUAAGGACCUCAUUGGGAAAAACGUUUACCCUUUGGACUGGAUGGCCAUGAGUAUGGUGCAGAACAGAGUGUUCCUGAGAGCCAUCAACAAGUUUGCAGAAACCAUGAACCAGAAGUUCCUGGAGCAUAUGAACUUUGAAGUGCAGCUGUGGAACAACUACUUUCAUCUGGCAGUGGCUUUCAUCACCCAGGACUCCCUCCAGCUGGAGCAGUUCUCGCAUGCCAAGUACAAUAAGAUCCUGAAUAAGUAUGGAGACAUGAGACGGUUAAUUGGCUUUGCCAUCCGUGAUAUGUGGUACAAGCUUGGACAGAACAAAAUCUGCUUUAUUCCGGGGAUGGUUGGACCAAUCUUGGAAAUGACCCUCAUUCCAGAAGUUGAGCUUCGAAAAGCCACCAUCCCAAUCUUCUUCGACAUGAUGCUCUGCGAAUAUCAAAGGAGUGGUGAUUUCAAAAAGUUUGAAAAUGAAAUCAUCCUCAAGCUGGACCACGAGGUGGAAGGCGGCCGUGGGGAUGAGCAGUAUAUGCAGCUGUUGGAAACCAUCCUGGUUGAUUGCUCCCUGGAGUAUCCAAAAAUCGCCAAGACAGUCGAGAACUUUGUCAAUCUGGUCAAAGGACUUUUGGAGAAGCUGCUGGAUUAUCGGGGUGUGAUGAGCGACGAGAGCAAAGACAACCGCAUGAGCUGCACAGUUAACUUGCUGAACUUCUACAAGGACAACAACCGCGAGGAAAUGUACAUAAGAUAUUUGUACAAGCUCCGUGAUCUGCAUCUGGACUGUGAGAAUUACACAGAAGCAGCAUACACUCUGCUCCUGCACACUUGGCUCCUGAAGUGGUCCGAUGAGCAAUGUGCAUCACAGGUCAUGCAGACUGGAUUGCAGCUAUCCCAAACUCACCGUCAGCUAAAGGAGUCUCUGUACGAGACCAUCAUAGGCUACUUUGACAAGGGCAAGAUGUGGGAAGAAGCCAUCUCUCUGUGCAAGGAACUGGCAGAGCAGUAUGAAAUGGAGAUUUUUGACUACGAACUCCUAAGUCAGAACCUGAUUCAACAAGCAAAAUUCUAUGAGAACAUCAUGAAAAUCCUGAGACCCAAACCAGACUACUUUGCUGUUGGGUAUUACGGCCAAGGCUUUCCCUCCUUUCUGCGGAACAAAGUAUUCAUCUAUCGGGGGAAGGAGUACGAACGGAGGGAGGAUUUCCAAAUGCAGCUCAUGAGCCAGUUUCCCAAUGCAGAGAAGAUGAAUACAACCUCCGCCCCGGGAGAAGAUGUGAAAAACUCUUCUGGCCAGUACAUCCAGUGUUUCACAGUCCAGCCUGUCCUAGAUGAACAUCCGCGAUUCAAGAACAAGCCUGUGCCUGACCAGAUCAUAAACUUUUACAAAUCUAACUAUGUGCAACGGUUCCACUAUUCGAGACCAGUAAGGAAGGGGACAGUUGACCCGGAAAAUGAGUUUGCGUCAAUGUGGAUCGAGAGAACAUCUUUUGUGACCGCAUACAAACUUCCAGGGAUCCUGCGCUGGUUCGAGGUCACGGCCAUGUCCCAGACAACUAUUAGCCCUCUAGAGAAUGCCAUUGAAACCAUGUCAACAGCGAAUGAGAAGAUCCUGAUGAUGAUUAAUCAGUACCAGAGUGAUGAAAACCUCCCAAUUAACCCCCUCUCUAUGCUUCUGAAUGGGAUCGUGGACCCUGCGGUCAUGGGAGGGUUUGCUAAAUAUGAAAAGGCUUUUUUCACCGAGGAAUAUACCAGAGACCACCCUGAAGAUCAAGACAAACUGAGCCGCCUUAAAGACCUGAUUGCUUGGCAGAUUCCCUUCCUAGGGGCCGGCAUCAAGAUUCAUGAGAGGAGAGUGUCAGAGAAUCUCCGUCCUUUCCACGACCGGAUGGAGGAGUGUUUCAAGAACUUAAAAGUGAAGGUGGAAAAGGAAUAUGGAGUCAGAGAACUGCCGGACUUUGACGACCGGAGGGUGGGCCGCCCUCGGUCCAUGCUGCGCUCCUAUCGCCAGAUGUCCAUCAUCUCCCUGGCCUCCAUGAACUCCGACUGCAGCACACCCACCAAAGUUGCUGUGGAAAGCUUUGAUGUGGACCCACCUACACCAAAGACCAUGAAACCAGACCUGGAGGAGAAUCUUCCUCCAGCCCACACCCUUUCAGAGGUGAAGCUCAGGAGGUCCAAGAAGAGAACAAAGCGGAGCAGUGUGGUGUUUGCCGAUGACAAACCAGUACCAGAGUCAGACUUGAAACGAUUGUCCAGGAAGCACGAGUUCAUGAGUGACACCAACCUCUCUGAACACGCAGCUGUUCCCCCGAAAACAUCCGUCCUCAAGCAGAUGAGCUUUGCCAGUCGCUCAAUGCCAACCAUCCCAGCACUCACACUAGCUGUGGCCCCCGCCCCUGGACCAGAGGAACCCAGUCCAUCUCCACGGCUGAGCCAGGCUUUCCCCGCCCUCUCCGAAGGCGACAAGAAAACACUGAAGAGGAAGAAAGUGAAUCAGUUCUUCAAAACGAUGUUGGCAUCCAAGUCUGCAGAAGACGGGAAGCAGACCGGAGAGCGGGUCCCGGAAAACAUAACCAUGGAUUUGUGAAGAGUCUAGAGCCCAACAAGCCCGGGAACUUCCUGGAGGGUGGUGUUUUGGACUGCCUUGCCUUGCAGAGGAGUUCAGAGGAGCCUAUAGGGAACAGAGAAUGCUAUGCAAAAGAUGACUGACUCUGUUCCCUUUGCAAGAUGAAGAUGGGGCGAAGACCUGUUUUUCAGAUUCCAUUCUGAAUCAUGACACCUUCUCUUAGUGCCACAGAGUCACAGAUGAUAAGUGAAAAUCCAAAGUGCCAAUUAGAUGAAAUCUUUUCCGUGGACUGUGCAAGGACAUUCUCCUUUACCGUGACGUCUCUAUCAAAGCCCAAAUGGGGAUAUGAUGCUGUUCAACCAGCUCUUUGGGUAAUUUUAAUUUGCAUUUACUAGUAGUCAACAAAAUGUGGUCUGUCUUUAAUUUUUUUUUUUUUAAGAAUUUUCUCUUUUGUAUUUUUAAACUUGUUCAAAACUGCCACUGGAAGCCUGUUUUCUUACUUACUGACAAUAAAGGCAGUAAUAUGAUCUGUGCA